CGGCUGUUAGAACGCAACCACGGCCUCUUUAUGAUAUUCCUUUUAUGUUUGAAGCUAGGGAAUAUUUGCGAAAACGGCUUAUCGAUAAACGUGUCACCGUCAUGAUUGAUUAUGUGCAACCAAAACAAAACCAAUUUCCCGAGAAAACUUGCUGCACAAUAUUAUUCAAUGGUCAAAAUGUUGCUAUUAUGAUGAUAGAACGUGGAUAUGCUAAGGUCAUUAGACAUCGAAGUGAUGAUGAUAAUCGAUCUCAGCAGUAUGAUCAACUUAUUGCAGCAGAAACUAAAGCUGAGGCCGAGAAAAAGGGUCUUUGGGCGGAUAAAACUGACCAAGCAAAUACUCUACGUGUUCAAGAACUCCAGGGAGAUGCUCAACGUUCCAAGCAAUUUCUUCCCUAUCUGCAGCGUUCGCAGCGUAUUGAUGGACUAGUUGAGUUUGUGGCAAGCGCCUCACGUCUUCGCGUUUAUGUGCCAAAAGAAUCUUGCUUAAUAACAUUUCUCCUCUCGGGGAUAAAUGCACCUCGUACGGCAAGGAUUGGACCAAAUGGACAGCAGAUUGGAAGUGAUGAACCUUUUGCAGUGCAAGCAAUGAACUUUACUCGUCAUAAAUGUCUGCAGCAUGAUGUUCAAAUCGAGGUAGAGACUAUGGAUAAAGCUGGUGGAUUUAUUGGUUAUUUAUUUGUGCAAGUAGAACGAGGCGUUUGGAAGAACCUUUCCGAGUUAUUAGUGGAGAAUGGACUCGCAAGUGUACAUUUUACUGCUGAACGUUCUUCAUAUUAUACUCUUUUGACGAACGCGGAGAGAAUUGCAAAAGCUGCAAAACUAGGCAUUUGGAAGCAUCAUGUUGAGGAAGAGCAACAACUUAUUGACGAUAAUCAAAAACAAGGCAAUGAUACAACUGAACGAAAAUUAGAGUUAAAGAAGAUUCUGCUCACAGAAGUUUAUACAGGGUUCCGUUUUGCUGCGCAAACUUUUGAUGAUGGUCUUUCAAUCGAGAAAUUAAUGAAUGCCUUACAACUUGAACUCAAAACACCGUCUAUCAUUAAAUUUGUUCCAAAGCGAAAUCAACUUUGCGCUGCUAAAUAUACAGAUGGGAAUUUAUGGCAUCGUGCACGUGUUGAAGGUGUAAAGGGAGACAACGUUGAUGUGCUGUACAUUGACUUUGGAAAUAGGGAGACUUUGUCAAUGAGCCGAAUCGCUCCACUUCCUCCACAAUUCCAAUCUCAAGCGCCUUUUGCGAAAGAAUAUCAACUAGCUUUAGUAUCAGCUCCGCCUGAUCCUUCAUACGCUGACGAUUCAAUGCUAGCAUUUAAGCGCCUCUGUUUCUCGAAACCAUAUUUAUAUUUGAAUGUUGAAUAUCGAAUCGGGGGAUUAGAGGCUGUUACAGUGUUUGCAGAUGAUAAUAAGGGGGAGAAGCGUGAUCUUGCGAAAAAACUUAUCAUGGAUGGUUAUGCUCUUGUGGAAAAACGACGAGAAGCGCGCUUUCAGCAAUUGGUUGUUGAUUAUGUGGAGCAGGAAACAAAAGCUCGUAAAGCGCAUCUGAACAUUUGGCGAUAUGGUGACUUCACAGGCAAUGAAUUGUAG